CAGUUUUUGCUAUGGGAUUUGUAUCCUCCCAGCUAGAGAAUACAUGUUCAGAGUAAUCUUAUCUUAGAUUACAGAGAGACAAAGCAGCAAAUCUCAAAGUUGAAAAAAAAAACACUAACAUAUAUUGUUUAAUCAUUUAGCACUUAAUAAUGGGAAGGCAGUAGGACCCUGUUUCUGGUUUCAUCUUGACCACAAGUUGCUGUCAGUAUUAACUUCCGUUUCAGACUAAAUGUUUUUUUCUUUUUGACGUGAUGCAUGGAAACCACACUUUUUACUUCUGCCCAGUGGUCGUACUAAAAUGAAGUGUAUCUAAUGUAGCCAUAUUAAUUACUGGCUCUAAAGAUGGAACAGAGAGAGAUUCUACUGCGCUAUGUUGAAGGUUACAAGAAAAAGAAAGAGAGAUCGGAAGAGUUUGCAAGUGACUUUAUGAAUCUAAAAAGACAGUCUGCAAAGCACAAGACUGACAACAACUAUUCCACCAAAUCUGCUGAAAAACCUGAAAACUUAAAGAAGAAUCGUUAUAAAGAUAUACUUCCGUUUGAUCACAGCCGUGUGGAACUAUCAUUAAUCACAUCAGAUGAAGAUACAGAUUUUAUCAAUGCCAACUUUAUAAAGGGUGUCUACUACCCCAGGGCCUAUGUUGCUACUCAGGGACCUCUUCCACAUACUCUUGUUGACUUUUGGAGAAUGAUUUGGGAAUUCAGAAUUGAGGUUGUAGUCAUUGCUUGCAUGGAGUUUGAAAUGGGAAAGAAAAAGUGUGAGCGCUACUGGGUGGAGCUAGGCUCUGAAGCACUGCAGUGUGGUCCAUUCUUCAUAACAUGUUGUAAUGAGAUGAAAAAGACAGACUAUGUAAUCAGGGUUUUACAAGCUACAUAUGGCAAAGAAAAUCGAAUUAUUUAUCAAUUUCACUAUAAAAACUGGCCUGAUCAUGAUGUUCCAUCUUCUGUUGAACAUAUCUUGGACUUCAUAAAUGAUUUUCGACAGAUUCAGAAGGAUGACAGUCCACCCAUAUGUGUCCAUUGCAGUGCUGGUUGUGGAAGAACUGGAGUUAUUUGUGCAAUUGAUUAUAUCUGGAGACUUCUGAAAGACAAGAUUAUUCCAAUGAACUUCAGUAUUUAUAGCGUGAUUCAAGAAAUGAGAACUCAGAGGUCUUCACUCGUUCAGACCAAGGAGCAAUAUGAGCUUGUCUACAAUGCAGUGAUCCAUCUUUUCCAAAAUGAACUUGAAAAGAUCAGUGGACCAGGGCAUUCUUCUGAAGCAGCAUGUAGUGAGAGUAUCUCAAAGGUUUUUGAGAAAAUGGCUGCAGAAGAAAACCAAAGCCUACACAGAGGUAAUGAAAAAGACAGUGACAGAACUCUCAGAGAUGAUCUUUUGGAAUGUACUGGGAGCCAUCCUUCUACUAUGCACAACCAACAAGUUAUAACUGCUAACAAUACGGAGUCAUCAAAAUCUGGAGCUUGUAGUUCUCUGACUCAACCAACAGAUCCCUGUAAUUUAACUGUACCUCAUCCAUUUCUAAGGACAGAACUACAGAAGAAAGAAAAUAAUACAUCUUGCAUUAUCAGUUAUAAUAACUCUUACCAAAAGCCAAAUGCUCCAGACAGAAGAAGCUUUUGUGGGCAUCAAAUAUUAACACAAACUAAAUCAUCUCCAUUUGAGCUGCUACAGCAGAGGCAUUCCCACAUACCUCAUCAGGUCUUGUUUUCUAACCUCUUUCUUGAAGGUGAAGAUAAAUCUAGCAAUAUUGGAUCUCAUGUUAAAGAUUCACGUUUAUAUUGUCAUACCGGCAGUUCACCAAUUACUGGUUCUCUGGGUAAUAUUUCAAUUGCCCCCAGUGUUAAUAAUACAUAUAUACGGCUAACAGAAGAUCCAUAUUUUUCUCCAUCAUCAUCAUCUGAUUUGGACUCACCAAAGUUUGCUGAUUUUUGUGUAGAAGCCUCAUACCCUGAACUGUUGAAAACAGCAUUAACUAAUAAAAGUAGCAUAGAAAUACCAUCAACUCUUCCCAGUCAAGAUAAGCCUCUUGGUGCUGAGGUUCAAUAUGAUUUACAACUUUCUCAAGGAAAUAUUCUACCCUGCAAAGAUGCAGUUUCUACCAGUCCUAAAGAACAGAUCCCUCCUCCACUGCCAGAGCGUACCCCUGAAUCCUAUAUAAUAGACACUGAAACAGAGAUGCUAUGCUGUCAACAACCAGACCAAAAUAAAACAGCUGUUUCCCCUUCAGUUAGCUUCUUAAUUCCACCAAAGAACAAGCAUAUUUCAUUUGUUGUGGAGCAAUCUGACCCAGUGCUGAUGGAGACGCAGAGUUUAGAAACACAUGAGCUUCAUCCUGCACUUCCUCCUUCAGCCAGGAGUGCAAAAAUCGGGACUUCACAAGAAUGGAGUGGCACGGCCCAAUAUAAAGAGGAUGAAGUUAAAUUUAUGACACGCAGCAAGAGCGUAAAAGUAAGGAGCUUAAGAAUGAGUGAAACCAGGGAUAAGACACCUUCCCCACCACCACUGCCAGAAAGAACAAAAGAUUCUUUCAUUAUUUUAGAGGAAGGAAAUGCCUUACAGAAUUCUAAUUCUAAUCCCGAAGCUCCCUGUCCUUUACCAUCAGUGAACUCAGGAAGCAGUGACUCAUCAUCAUCCAACCCAGAAAACAGAAUGUCUAGGAAAAAGAGCUUGAAAAUUUUGAGAAAUGUAAAAAAAAAUGUAGGCAAUUCGGUCAAUCCUUCAGAAUCAUCCAAUUCCAGAAGUCCUCUGUCGUUUCUCAGCUUUGGUUUUGGAAAUCGAUUUGCUAAACCAAAAGGGCCCAGAAAUCCUCCUGCAACAUGGAACCUGUGAUCAUCUUCCAUUUACCUGCUCACAUACAAAUGUGGUCAUAAAAUAAAAGGCAGGUGCAGUAACCCAUAGCAACCAAUCAGCAGGUAGCAUUUACUGGUCAAAAAGUUUCAAAUGACAAAAAAG